AUGGCGAAGCACUGGAGUUUCACCUGUUUAGUGGCACUAGCCUUGCUAGGAUGCUCAGUUAGAACCCAAGCUCAAGAAAAACCUCAGAACUCGCAAGACCCUUCACCACGGAGCUCACUACCUCGAAAACCUCAACAUCCUCAAUAUCCAAAGCUCUCUACAUUGCCACAGCCACCAUGGAUCCUUCCACAUCCACAUCCACAUCCACCAUGGAUCCUUCCACAUCCACAUCCACAUCCACAUCCACAUACACCAUGGAUCCCUAAAGAUCCACAUCCACAUCCACAUCCACAUCCACAUACACCAUGGAUCCCUAAAGAUCCACAUCCACAUCCACAUCCACAUCCACAUCCACAUCCACAUCCACAUCCACAUCCACAUCCACAUCCACAUCCACAUCCACCAUGGAUCCCUAAAGAUCCACAUCCACAUCCACCAUGGAUCCCUAAAUAUCCACCACCAUGGGGUCCUUAUUCUGAUCAAACGCUGCAGGUUCCAGCUCCACAGACACCAGUUUACAAACCAAGUGUGGUAAAGCAGCCUGCAGCACAGAGUUGUGUCGUUGCAGAAAACGUGAGAAUCCCAUGUGGAAGUUCUGAUAUCUCUGCCGCUGGAUGUGAAGAUAUAAACUGCUGCUUUGAUGGACGACAGUGUUACUAUGGAAAGGCAGUGACUGUCCAGUGCACCAAGGAUGCCCAGUUCAUCGUGGUUGUGGCCAAAGAUGCCACUCUGCCCAACAUUAACCUCGAGUCAAUCUCACUGUUGGGACAAGGGCAAGGCUGUACACAUGUUGAUUCUAAUUCAGACUUUGCCAUCUACAACUUUCCUGUUUCUACCUGUGGCUCUGUUGUUAUGGAAGAGCCUGGUGUUAUAAUCUAUGAGAACAGGAUGUCUUCCUCAUUUGAGGUGGGAGUUGGGGAUCGUGGAGCCAUUACCAGGGACAGCUACUUUGAAUUGCUUUUCCAGUGCAGGUACAUCGGUACUUCUGUUGAGACUUUGAUUAUAGAAGUAUUAGAUCUUGUAGCCCCUCCCGUACCAGUCGCUGCCCUGGGACCCAUCAGUGUACACCUGAGGUUGGCUAAUGGCGAAUGCAAUACAAAGGGUUGUAAUGAAGUGGAUGUGGCCUAUACAUCAUUUUACACGGACACAGACUAUCCUGUGACCAAAGUACUGAGGGACCCUGUGUAUGUGGAGGUUCAACUCCUGGAAAAAACGGAUCCCAACCUCGUCCUGACUCUUGGUCGCUGUUGGACAACUACAAGCCCCAACCCUCACAGUCUGCCUCAGUGGAACAUUCUGAUAGACGGGUGUCCAUACAGGGAUGAUCGCUACCUGUCCGAACUGGUUCCGGUCGGGCCGUCAUCUGGUCUACAGUAUCCAAGUCACUUCAGGCGUUUCAUUUUCAAAAUGUUUACCUUUGUCAACCCUAAUUCAAUGGAACCCCUGAGUGAACAGGUGUUCAUUCACUGCAGCACAGCCGUGUGCACUACUGGAGCGGGUCGCUCCUGUGAACCAUCAUGCUUCAGAAAAGGGAGAGACGUUCGGGCUGCGGACAAGAGCAAGGCUCAGUCAAAGGUCGUGGUUUCUGUUGGACCAGUGAUCAUGGGCGCCCCUCAGCAGUAAACAGCACAGCUUCAAGCUCGCGAAUCUGCCUGAAAACAUUUAUUAAAAGAUUUGAAA